AUGGAGCCAGCUAGUUUUUUGAAUAAGGAUAGCAACCUAUCACACAAGUCCGUAUCCAAGAUUGUUGCAACAGCAGCACAGAGACAUGAGCGUUUUUGUUUCGAGACAGAAGCAAAACCCUCAUCAGCUGACGCAAGCAGCUUGGUUGUAGCAGGUCGCAGUUCGGAGCCGGAUUCGUUUGAAAACCAGCCUGCUGAAAAAUCAAAGGCAAGCGUUAAGUAUUCGGAACCCUUAAAGAAGGCACAAGUAGAAAGUGUAUUUGAAAAUGAACCUUGCACCAAAUCAGCAGCAACCAUCAGAGCUUGCGAUGCUGUACCAGUUCGUGAAGCCCCUACCGUAUUCGAGAACCAACCUGAUGAACAAUCCAGAGCAACAUUCAGGGCCUGUGAUGUCAUACCACUGCGACCAACAGCUUCAAUAUUUGAAAAUGAACCAUCGCGAUUCUCCACUGCACAUGUUAGAGCAAGCGACGCAGUAUCUAAAAAAGAAACAGAAUCAGUUUAUGAAAAUACACCAGCCACAGUUAGUAAUGCUGAUGCAAGGUCAAGCGAGGGUAGUUUGCUCAAGGUUACCAGUGGAACAUUCGAAAAUGUGCCGCAGAGGAGGUCUACAGCAGACGUAAGACAUGACGAUGAAGUCAGGGUGAUGUCGAGUGGUUUGUUUGAAAAUGAACCAGAAGAAAGGUCAAGUGCAAGUGUUAGACACAGCGAUGUUAUAGUAUCAAGAUCAGGGGAAAUAUUUGAAAACGAACCAAGUAGACGAUCAAGUGCCUCAGUCAGCUUCAGUGAUACUAUUACACGGGUAUCAAGCGGCUUUUUCGAAAACGAGCCUCAAGAGAGAUCAAGUGCAAAUGUAAGGCACAGUGAUGUCGUGGCACCAAAGUCGGGAGAAAUAUUUGAAAAUGUGCCACGAAGGAAAUCAACCGCAGAUUACAGCCAUAGCGAAUCUAUCACACGUGUAUCCAGUGGAGUAUAUGAAAACGAACCACAAGUGAGGUCAUCAGCAAGUAUCAGAUACAGCGAUACUAUAAAAACAGUCAGGGACCACAUCUUUGAAAACAAACCGGAACUGAGAUCAAGCGCAACUUUCAGAUACAGUGAAGAUAUUGACACACAGAUAGUAGCUACCGAGGCGGUAUCCGGAACUUAUGAAAAUGAACCUGUGUUGAGAUCUUCAGCAACCGUUAGGUAUGAUGAACAAGUCACUGUGAACAACUCGGGAACCUUCGAGGCACAAAAAUCACUAGAAAGCAGCGCAGAUUUCACUGCAGGCGGAUCGCUCAUGACCGAACUGUAUGCUACAAUGGCAGAGUGCCGUAUCAGCGUAGAUGAAACCGAUGAUUUAAAGAACACUGAAGAAGCCACUUCUACGAGCUAA